UACUAACCAGCCGAUCUUGUUCUCAAAUCUCCAUCCUAAUUCCUACACGAAUCAAGAAUCAAAAUUAUUCUUCAGUACCUGAAUUUGAAGUCAGUAUCAGUAGAAAUCGUAGUCAAUAAUGGCUCAAGAGCCUCCUCAGAUCGCCAUUAUAGGUGCCGGAAUCUUCGUCAAAUCUCAAUACCUACCCAGGCUCGCCGAGAUCUCGGACCUCGUCGUUCUCAAAGCUAUAUGGAGCCGCUCCGAGAAAUCGUCAAUGGAGGCUGCUGACAUUGCUCGGAAGGUAUUUCCUAAUGUAGAGUGUAAAUGGGGAGACCAUGGUCUCGAUGAAAUUAUUCGAGAUUCAAACAUUUUUGGCGUUGUUGUUGCUCUUGCUGGCCAAAUUCAGGUGGACAUGUCGCUAAAGCUUCUGAAAGCAGGAAAGCAUGUUCUUCAAGAGAAACCUGCUGCUGCUUCCAUUAGUGAGGUGGAAACUGCAUUAUCAUGUUAUAAAUCUCUUUACACCAAUCCAUCUGCUCAAAAAAUAUGGGCUGUUGCAGAAAAUUACCGAUUUGAGCCUGCAUUUGUAGAGAGCAAAAAGUUGAUGUCUGAAAUUGGAGAUAUGAUGAGUGUCCAAGUAAUCAUCGAAGGGUCAAUGAACAGUUCAAAUCCUUAUUUCUCAAGUUCAUGGAGACGCAAUUUUACUGGAGGGUUCAUUCUGGAUAUGGGUGUACAUUACAUUGCAGGGUUAAGAAUGCUUGUUGGAUGUGAAGUAGCUUCAGUGUCAGCUAUGACAUCUCAUGUGGAUAUGACUCUCCCUCCACCAGAUACCAUUUCCUCUUUAUUUCAACUGGAAAACGGGUGUUCGGGAGUUUUUGUAAUGUUGGUAUCCUCAAAAUCACCGAAGAUUGUGUGGCGGGUUGUUGGCUUAAGUGGAACUGUGCAAGUAGAACGAGGAAAUAAUAAUGGGCGACAUGGCUAUGUGACUACAUUGUUUGGUGGAAAUGGGGAAACAAAGAGCAAUUUUUAUCCAUUUAGUGGGGUGACUGAAGAGCUUAAAUCAUUUCUAAGUGACAUCUCAAUAGGCACCCUUGAGAAGGGUGGUAAGAUUGAAGGUGAGGGUCGCUACUCGUAUGUUGAAGGUGCACGAGAUGUUGCAGUUCUUGAUGCGAUGCUAGAAUCUGGAAUGAAGCAAGGAGCAUUUGUGAAAGUCAAAAAGUUUUAACAAUUUUUUUUAAUAUUUAUUUAAAUGGUAAAGUAAGUAUGUUAACUUAUAUAUACCAUUAUCUAUUAAUAGCAACAUACUUAUGUUUUACCCAUAAUAGCAAUGUAUUUAUUGGAAGAC